GCUGCGAGCAGUGUUGUUGCUGCGGCGUCCUCCUCUUUUCGCUGCCCCACACUCUCUUCUUUGACCCCUUCUUGCUCCGUCCCUGGACUGUGUGUGAUUUACCGUUAAAGAACGAGACAGAAACAGGAAUAAAGUGCGUGCGAGCGGGACGGAGGCAUGUGCUGGGUCACAAUGGCACGCAAGGACGAUCCCGUUUUCAACGUGCGGUUCGUGCAAUUCGUCGAAAAUCAGCCAUGCUUGUGGAACUAUACGCAUCCAGGAUACAGCAAAAAAGAGGAGGUGCAGAGGGCGUGGCAGCAGGUGGCCAAUGAGAUCAAGGACACGGUGCGCAACUGCCGCGAGAGGUGGCGCACUAUAAGAAGCAGCUUUCUCCGAUCCUUAAAGCUGGCACGCACACAAACCGGCCGCGGAAAGCGCAAAUACUACCUGUCCAAGUACCUGCAGUUCCUCAUUCCCUACACCAAAUCGCGAUCCUGUCACAAGGUGGUUUCGCACAGUACGAAUCCUCCGGCAGGAAUGGUCCUGCGAAAGCCCGGAAACACGGCAGGUAUACCACCCAUAUAUCCGGAUCCAAAUCAGCAGGCAGACGAUGACGAGGAGGCCAAAGGGAGCGACAGCGAAAUGCCGCUGGACGUGCAGGUUUCCGAGGAGGAGGCUCAUCCGAGAAGGGAUCGGGAUCAGGAUCAGAAUCAGGAUCAAAAUCAGAGCCAGGAGCAACCCACCGCAUCUCUGCCCGUCCGCCUGCAAGCCAUCAAAGUGGAGCAGCCCUCCUUGAAUCCCAAUGCAAGCCUGAAUCAAAAUCCCCAACUGGACAGGAUUGCGGGCCAUCAGUCGCUGGUCUCAGUUCCCGCCGCAGCAUUGGGCAAUCACCUGGACUGGUCGGAUCUGACGCAGUGGUUCAAGGGCAAUCACACCAACAACAAUCCCCAUAAGUUAACCUCGCCACCGCCCCCGCCGGCCACGCCCUCUUUGGGAGCUUUAUCAGGCGGAUUGGGGCACGGAUCGGGAGCCAUUAACCUGCCCAUUCCUCCGCCACCAGAUGCCGAUUACUCCUUUCUGAUCAGCCUGCAUCCGUACCUCAAGGAAAUGAGUGGCAAGCAGAAUCGACGAUUCCGCCAGAAAGUCGUUGGCCUCAUCGACAAUGUCCUGGAUAACAUAGAUGUCUGAGUUUGCGGGAAAAUCUACACAGGGGGAAGUCAUAACAAUUGGGACAGUGAUUAGCAUUUAAAUUUUAAAUUGUGAAACCAACAACACUUGUCUAACUUCAUAAAUAGUUGAAAACGGUUUCUUAAAAUAACGCAAGUAUUAGGAUACUCGCUAAAUGUUGAAAUGUGUCGUUUUGGACCUGCUAUUAUAACCUUUUAUGCAGAUCCAAUCAAGGAAAAUUUUGAGAAAGAUAAUAUAGAACAACAAAUAUUAAACACA